GCUGGUGUUCUGCAAAUUGUUAGGGUUUGCUAUUUAAUCACUGUUGUUCCCCGAAUCUGUUCUGAAGAACCUCCAUCUUCCUACAAUGAAGAAGAACGAGGAACGCAGUGAUAAUCGCAAGAAGAAGCACAUGAUGAAGAGGAACAUUUCGAGGUUGGGCGGUAGUGGCCUUUCGCUCGAAGCUUUCGCCAAUGCAAAGUCCAAGAACAAGCAAUAUAACCCAGCUCUCAUAAAGAAACAAAGGGAGUUCUAUAAAAAUGCUAAGAAUGUGAAUAAGUUUAAGAAGUUGUUAAAGCAGCAAAACCAGCAGAAUGGUCGUUCCUCGGGUCAGGAACAUGACCAGGAUGCAAAUGAAACUGACAAGUACAAGGACAAGAGUGAGAGAAGGAGGAGGAAGAACAGUGCUUUUAGUUUGGAAGAACUGUACAGAAAGCAGCAUGAAGAGAAAGAGAAAGAAAGAAUGGAGAGAGAGGCAGUGCUGAGGGUAAGGAAGGAAGAGAGAGAACAAGCUGAAACUCGGAGAAAGGCUGUUCGGGAAAAAAUGCUUAAGAAGACCCGAAGAGGGCAGCCUGUUAUGAAAUACAGAAUUGAGCAUCUUUUGGAGACUAUUCAAGGUUCAACUAAAAUUGCGGCUGGCAGUGAAUCGUAAGUAGUGGAAUGGAAAAAGGACGAAUGUUGGAGAACAUCCUUCUGUUAAAUGUUAUUAGCGUCGUAAUAUAUUAAUUUGGUGACCAAGCUUACCGAGGAACAUGAUAUUAUUUGUGGUAGACUAAAUCUCCAGCAUUUCAUCUAUGUCAUGCUUGUAUCAAAUGUAAUCAAAAUUCAUUCUUGUAAUUGCUCUGUAGAACCAGUAAUCAUCACUGCUUGUAGUGAGUACAUUUAAGUUGACAUUUGUCUCAAUAUACAAAGAAUUAAAUAUAAUCUGCAAUUCUCACAUGCUUUCAAUGCUAA